AAACAUGUGAUCAAAUAAACUUCAAUAAUUGAAAAUGAAGUAUUAAAAGUCAAAAUUCCAGUACAAAUAGAACACAACAUAUUUAUCAAAAUUUCAAUAUGUAGAGUUACAAAUAACAAUUACUAUACACACUUCAAGUACAGGCAGGACUCCAGAAAAUGGCCAAGAUAUUACGACACUUCUGUGGUGCUAUAAAAAGGAUAAGGACCAGGACAAUUACUGCAAAUAUCAAUGAAAAUGAAGAAAUGAGAGAAAAAUGGGUCCACACAUUUAUUAACAAUAACAGGCAAAUAGUAGGUAAUGGAAUUGUUUGGAAUACUAUACUGCGUGAAAAUUUAUUUUUGACUAAGCCUAUUGAUCCUCAAAACUUUUUGCAAAAUAACCACCAUGUAGUCCCCAAGGUAUACUGGAGUUUUUCAUUUAAAGACAUUGUCGGUCAACUAUGGAAAAAAAAAAAAGGAAAUGCUUCCACGUGUGGUGAAACUAAAAAAAAAAAAAAAAUUCCAAAACCUAAAUGUGCUAAAAAGAAAACUAAGAAAAAGUGUUCAAAAACCAAAAAAACGUGUCUAGAUCCAAAGAAAAAAAAAGAUAACAAAGAAGCAAAAAAUGAAGAUCCUUGCAAAGCAAUAGCUGAGAAGAAAGUAGAUCCUUGCAAGAAGAAAGAGGACCCGUGUGCAGAGAUAAAGGCCAAGAAAGCAGAUCCUGGAAAAAAGACAAAAGAUCCUUGUAAAGAAAAAAUAGAUCCCUGCAAAAAGUAUGAAGAUCCUUGUAAAAAUGCGGAUCCUUGCGCAAAAUACGCGGAAAAAAAAGAUGAUCCAUGUAAAAGUUUAAAAGAAAAAAUAGCAGCUCAUUCCGCAAAGAAAGAAGAUCCUUGUAAGAAGAAUGAAGAUCCGUGUAAAAAUAUAAAAGCGAAAAAAUCAGAUCCUUGCGCAAAGGGCGGAGGAAAGAAAGAUGAUCCUUGUAAAAAUAUAAAAGCAAAAAAAGCAGAUCCUUGCGCAAAGGGCGGUGGAAACAAAGAAGAUCCAUGUAAAAAUAUAAAAGCGAAAAAAUCAGAUCCUUGCGCAAAGGGCGGAGGAAAGAAAUUUGAUCCAUGUAAAAAUAUAAAAGCAAAAAAAGCAGAUCCUUGCUCAAUGGGCGGAGGAAAGAAAAAUGAUCCAUGUAAAAACAUAAAAGCCAAAAAAGCAGAUCCUUGCGCAAAGGGCGGAGGAAAGAAUGAUGAUCCCUGUAAGAAUAUAAAAGCAAAAAAAGCAGAUCCUUGCUCAAAGGGUGGAGGAAAGAAAGAUGAUCCAUGUAAAAACAUAAAAGCUAAAAAAGCAGAUCCUUGCGCAAAGGGUGGGGGAAAGAAAGAUGAUCCAUGUAAGAAUAUAAAAGCAAAAAAAGCAGAUCCUUGCGCAAAGGGCGGUGGAAAGAAAGAUGAUCCAUGUAAGAAUAUAAAAGCAAAAAAAGCAGAUCCUUGCUCAAAGGGUGGAGGAAAGAAAGAUGAUCCAUGUAAAAACAUAAAAGCUAAAAAAGCAGAUCCUUGCGCAAAGGGCGGGGGAAAGAAAGAUGAUCCAUGUAAGAAUAUAAAAGCAAAAAAAGCAGAUCCUUGCGCAAAGGGUGGUGGAAAGAAAGAUGAUCCAUGUAAGAAUAUAAAAGCAAAAAAAGCAGAUCCUUGCUCAAAGGGUGGAGGAAAGAAAGAUGAUCCAUGUAAAAACAUAAAAGCCAAAAAAGCAGAUCCUUGCGCAAAGGGCGGAGGAAAGAAUGAUGAUCCAUGUAAGAAUAUAAAAGCAAAAAAAGCUGAUCCGUGCGCAAAGGGCGGUGGAAAGAAAGAUGAUCCAUGUAAGAAUAUAAAAGCAAAAAAAGCAGAUCCGUGCGCAAAGGGUGGAAGAAGGAAAAAUGAUCCAUGUGCCAAAAUAGUUAAGGGAAUUUUUUUAGAAUCAUUCCUGCUAGACAAUAGAAGUUCUAAUCCACUUAGAAAACAAUAUGCAAUAACUACUUUAUUAACUUCCAAUAGUGGAAAAUUUCGUAGUUUAUUUCCCUCUUAUUCUAAACUUACAGUACGCGGAUUGAAGCAGUUGAAUCGUAAUAGUGAAAUAAUUGAUAAGAGUGAAAGUAAACAAUGGAGAAUAGUCAACAAUAAAAUAAUGAAAGAAAAUUUCAUCCGAACAGAAAGGAAUAAAGCUAGAAUAAAGAAAGGGCCAAUAAUGCCAGCGCCAUUACCUCGUUUUUUGUUAAAGCUAAUUGACCGAGCUAGAGGAGAACUAACUAACUGUAUUGAUCACAUGUCUCAUUGCAAAAAAAAUAUAGCAUCACAGAAAUUUAACUUCCGAAAAAGAAUUGAUUCUCUACGUUCUUUGAUGGGAUAUGACUUCGAUCGAGAUAUAACAAGUUGUAAAUAUCAUAAAAAAACUCUGAAAACGGAAAAUGAAAAUUCAAAACAGUUUUUAUUAAGCUUUAGAUUGCAACAACAAAAUGAAGGAAAUACUAACCAUUCUAUAUUCGAUCGACUUGAACCUAAACCUGUUGAACAUGGAGAUAUUUGUUUCCUGCUAAGUCCUACUUCUUUUCAAACAUUAUUUAAGUAUUUCUUUCUUGAUAAAGUAAAUAACGGAAAUGAUUUGAGUAAUGAAAUAGUUCAUAUUAAAAAUAAAACUGUAAGCGGCAUCAAUAGUUAUACCUUACCUAUAAUAAAUGAAUUCAGAAAGAAAAGUUUUGAGUUCAACAACCGAAUAUUUAAAAUACUUUUAAAAUUGGAUUCUUAUUUUAGAAAUGCCUCGAAUGACCGGAGUACUUGGAAAUAUAUCAACUCAAAAGAAGCUAAAGUCAGUAAAAUUUCACCGCGUGCAGAUUUCGGCAUGAAAUUACCAGAAGAUAAAAUGUGGAAUGCUAAGUAUCGUUUCUGGAAAACUUAUGACGAAUCUCAUAAGAAAAUUACUGAAAUGAAUCAACCUAUUCCUUAUUCAAAAACAAUUUCAUUCCUUAAUGUACCUGAUAAAAGUUGCUGCAUUCCACUUAUAGAAGCUUUGAAAAGAAAAGUCGUUAAGAAAUGUAACUUUGCUCUAAUUUCAUCUUGUUGGGACAUUGACUGUAAUGAAUUUCGAAUCCAUAGCUUUAAGAAUGAAAAAUCUCUUGAAGAAUUAGAACGUGAUGACAACUUAAUACAAUUCAAUAAACAACCUUCCAAUAGCCAAUCAUUCAAUGACAACAUUUCAAAUUUGGACGGAACUAGCGAAUCAUAUAUAAUGUUUGAAAAGAUAGGAAACCAUAUUUAUUCCUUUAAUAAUUUGGGUUUAUUAGCAUACUGGUCAUCCAAUAUUGGUAAUUGUUCCAACUCUCAGUUCGAUAAAAUUAGUGAUUCACAGCAAUUUAACAGAAGUUUAGAUGCUAAUGCAGAUGCAAUGAAUAUACUAGGUUCCCCAAUGAACUCAAAUGGAAUUCAAUUCUUCAUUGACACUGAAAAAUGCAACAGAAAAAAGCAAGGGAAAAAGAGAAAAUUACCUACAUGUUAUGAUCCAGAUGUAGAGUCGCCAAUCGAUGACUUAUAUAACCAGGGCGAAAAAUAUUGGCCAUUUUAUAAUGAAUGUCAUAAAAGAAUUAAGGAUCCUAAUACAUACCCCCCAGGAGGCGAUCCGAACGCAAAUAACAUGCUGUUUGGCCAUCUUGAAGUAUGGAUGAUGUAUAUGAAUUUUCUCUACAAGAUUAACCAAAGUUAGAAUUCUACAGGAACCAGAGUGAGAAAUUAAUUCCAACUUGCCCAGAAUAGUUGAUAUUUGGUUCUGUAAAUAAAGAAAUUUUCCAG